AUGCAUGAAUGUCAUUUCUAUUAUGAUCUUCAUGAUCUAAAACAUGAGGUACAUGCAAAAGACUCGAGUAACUUGGUUCACAAUUGUAAUGACAUGUCAAAAGUGUCAUUUAGGGCUAAGGACUGUGGGAAGACGUAUUCAUCAGAUGGGGUUCAAAGUCACAUCAGCAUUCACAUGAGAGUCCACACAGAGGAGAAGCCAUAUAACUGUGAAAUUUGCAACAAUACCUUCUCACGAAAAAAUAAUUUGGUGAGACAUAUGAGAAUACAUGCAAGUAAGAAGCCAUACAGCUGUGAGAUUUGCAAUAAAAGCCUUUCUGAGAGAAGUCAUCUUGUAAAGCACACUAGAGUACAUACAAAGGAGAAGCCUUAUAACUGCAAGAUUUGCAACAGUGCAUAUUCAAGAAAAAAUAAUCUGAGAAGCCAUACAGUUGCGAGAUUUGGAACAAGGCCUUCUCAUAAAACUGCUCCAUAUGAGAGUACUAAUAAAGGAGGAGUCAUAGUGCUGUGA